AUGGUAGGCGAACUACUACUAAGAAUUCAACAACUGGAGGCCAGACAUGGGGCGCAUGACCGGAGGGAAAGCCAUGAGGAAAAGACCCCAUUCUCCAGGGAAAUAGAGUUGGAGCCCCUCCCCUACAGAUUUAAGGUUCCUAGCAUCCCUCAGUACAAUGAAGAUAGCGACCCCUUCGAUCACCUGGACGCUUUCAAUGUCCAGAUGGACCUGCAAACCUCUAACUCAUUGGCCAAGAGGUUCAGACGUGAAGUUAAUAAUGUCGAGAGCCCUUCCGACGAAAGUAUCUUGACUGCGAUCUCCGCUGGGCUUCGAAAGGAUGGGAAACUCUACGAAAGCAUCUAUAAAUCUUCAGUGAUGGAUCUUAGUGAGUUCUACGAGCGAGCUGCAAAGGAGGUUCGGAUCUUCGCCACAGAGCGCAACAAGGAGGAUUUCGGAAGGCCUCAUCCCCUGAAGACCCCCGACAAGUAUCGAACCAAGAGCAAGUUUUGCGCCUACCACAACGAAGUAGGGCAUACCACCUCUGAGUGUUGGGCACUGAAAGACGCCAUCGAGGAGCUGAUCAGGAGAGGUCGGCUGCACGACUAUGUAGUGCGUCCUAGGGAUCAGCAGCCUAAACAACUAGCUCAGCAAAACCCAGGUCAAGCUCCCGAACAAGACCAAACUCCUACAGUGAGAACUAUCUUCACUAUACAUGGGGGGCCCCACAUCACGAGGGCCUUCAACAGGUCACAUGAGCUAUAUGUUCGGGAAGCCAGCCACCUUCUGCUUGUCGGGGAAGGCAGCCGAGAAGGACCCUCCAAGAAAGCCAAGGCAGAUUCGGAAUAUGUUUCUUUCACUAAAGAUGACUUCAAAGGCGUACACUUGUCGCACAAUGAUGCCCUCGUGAUUCGAGCUCGGAUUAGCAAUAUGGAAGUACAGAGGGUCAUGAUCGACACAGGUAGCUCGGUGAACGUCAUGUACAAAGGAUGUUUUGAUCAGAUGGGAUUAAGGCCGGACCAACUAACACCCUCCCCAGAGCCACUGUACGGAUUCACUGGCGAUGCGGUAAUACCGAAGGGAUGUAUAAGGCUCCCGCUAAUAGUUGGGGAAUCAGACCUCCAGGCCACAGCAAUGGCGGAUUUCCUCAUCAUUGAUGAUCCUUUCGCAUACAAUGCCGUCAUGGGUAGGCCUGCCAUAAAUGACUUGGACCUAAUUGUCUCGACCAAGGCCCUGGCCAUCAAAUUCCCGACCCUAAAGGCGAUUGGCUAUAUAAAGGGUGAGCAGCAUUCAGCGAGAUGCUGCUACGAGGAGGCACUAAAAAUAGGGCUCAAAGGAAAGAAGAUAAACAUGGUUUCCGGAGGGGAGGCCUGA